AUGCCACUAGAGAUCCUGAAGGAGACAAGGUGCCUACGGGCUUUUCUGGCCUGUAUAGUGCUCUUUAGUCUCACCAAAUGCACUGGGGGAGGACCAAUUCAGCUCUGUCACAGACCAACUCCUUGGACUAUCAAUGGAAUCAACCCCAUGAAUAGAGCAUUUGGUAGGGUGACUUUAGUUGCACUGUUACAGGCCAGUUGACCCUUUUGUCGUGUGCAAGCUGCAAGCUUGCAAGUCUUAAAAGAUGUUUUAGCUGCAGAAGGUAAAUCAGAUAUAAAUUUCUUAAUAAUAAAUGGAAAGGAAUCAAAAGACAUAGCCCACCUUUUCCCUCGUGUGAGCAUACCAAUAUACCAGGAUACUGAGGAAAAAAAUAUAUGGAAGAAUGUGUAUGGUGGAAGAAAGGAUGACUUCAUAAUCUUUGACAGGUGUGGACGACGAGUGUAUCAUAUUCCCCUUCCAUACACCGAUCUGCGACUUAGGCAUACCAGGAAUGCUAUUAAUACAGUUUAUUUAAGAACGCAAAUUUGUGGAAGCUGUCCACAAAGCACGGAUAUAUCAGAUUUAAUGAUGGGUGACGCACCAGCUGUAAUUGACACAUUUCUAACAAGGCCACAUUUACCAUGUCCACCUGAUGAUGAGGAUUUAUGUAACCUGUUAAUGGAGCAUCAUCAAAAUAGAAGAACACGCCACCGUCGCAAUCGAAACCAACGCCGUCGACACCGUCAUCGUCGUCGCCAAAUAUGUUCCUGAAGAAAUUUAUUUGAAGGACUUAUAGAAAAUCCGACCCAUAACUGUAAAUGUCCCAUUAAAUUAGACGAUAUGUACCGACAAUGUGUAUGCCAGAACCCAGUAGUAAAUGAAAAUACCAUGGAAACUGUAUGGCAAUGUACUUGUAAACGUCCACCACGAUUUGUUAAAAACACUUGUCAAUGUAAGUCAUGAUCAAAUAAUUCCCGACGACCGACCAAUAACAUAAAACCCUGACGACAAACAUCACCUUGACAGUGUCAGUCCAGGUUUGUCAGCGAGAAAACCUGACAAUGUCCCGUUGCCCUUCGUCGGCGAUUUUGCCAGUGCGAUUCCUCUGGGGAUUGCCAAUGUCGGUUCCACUCAGACAUGUGCUCCUGACCUGACCAAGAUUCGCCUGUAGAGACUUCUCGGCGGUGACAAUGACAGGGUCAGAACGCUUGCUGACAGUGACACAACUCGGAAACGGGCCGAGUUUGACAAUGACAUCAGGACGGUAUGCAAACCCCUUGACAGUGACCUGAAAACGGUAUGUGACUGUGUCAGUCGGAAACUUGACAGUGACAAAGAGCAUCUGAAUUACCUUCCUGUAGAACUUAAGACAUCUUUUAAAAACCAAAUCUCUGGUGGCUCUACUUUAUAAAUAUAUAUUGGCAUUAAUAAUUCUCAUUCUUAUAAAAUAACAUAUUAUAUUAAUUAUAGUUAUACAUGUAAUUACAUUUUGGUCAGCAUCAAUUAGUGCUAUUAUUUUGUGAUAUAGUUUGACUUUUGCUUGUAUAUGUGGCCCAGAUUCUGGAAAAAUCUUAGGACACAUCUUCGAAAUGACAAUUUUAAUGUUUAUGAUAACCAGGUUAAAUUUAAGUAUGGUGUCUUGAUUUAAGUAUGGUGUUGAAAAAUCGUGAAAUAAAUUAGUUUUGUUUAUAUAGGAUGUCACAAAACAUUUAAAUAUGAGUUUGUGCAAAACUACUUUAAAAAGUAAAUUUUAAUUCAGUCUAUUGUCUUAAGAUUUUUCUAGAAUUCGGGUCCAAGAUUUCACUGUUUUAUUAGUUCCAUUUUUUUUGCACAAGGCGUUGUCAAGUAUUGCCCCCAGAGAUUUGAAGUCCUCUUGGUUUAUAUGUUAUAAUGAAGGUUAACAGAUAAAGAUGAGCAAUAUUCUGAGAACCAGAUGCUAAUAAAUAAAUGUUUGAGGAAAUGUUUUUUGUUUGUAUAUUAUUGAAUUACAUGUUAUUUGAAAACAAUUAAUAUUUUGUUAUUGUCCUAGUAUUAUGUUAUGUUUCAAUAGAAUGUUAUCUUACCAUAUAGAUAGUAGUCGUAUGUUUUAAUACCAAGUAAUUGUUUUGUAGAUCUGUCGUAUAAAUAUAUUUGUUUAAAUGAAAACAA